UUAAAUCGCGAAGUUUAUGUCUGGCAUCGCUUGGAGCACCCUAACGUGGUCAAACUUUUCGGAACGUCUUAUCAUAUGGGUGGAAGGCCCGCGAUGGUGAUGCGUUGGUAUGAGAAUGGGAGUGCUGCUGAAUACCUGAGCAGGAAGAACCCAGCAGCAGACAGGGUUGCACUCGUACGUCGUCUUAUUCUGGACGUUGCAAGGGGCCUCGCGUAUCUUCACACGAAUAAACCACCAAUAGUUCACGGUGAUCUCAAAGGCAAUAAUGUUCUUAUCACUGAUGAAGGGCGAGCGGCGCUUUGCGAUUUCGGUUUAUCUAAAGUUAUUGACGAGUUGGGGGGGUCCAGUGGGUACACUUUGUCAAACCCGGACGUCGGUCCCCUUCGGUGGCAAGCCCCAGAAUUUCUUGAAGAUGAAGAUGCGCCCAUGUCACCUUCAUCGGAUGUCUGGUCAUUUGCUUGUACCGCCUUUGAACUCCUCACAAGUCGUAUCCCUUACGCCCACCGUGCACGCGACGGCCUUGUCAUCAAGGAUAUGCAAAAUAGAAUAAAACCACCAGGACCAGCUGAUAUCCUUCUUAAUGCUUUUGACCCAAGGAUCGGGACCAUAUUAGAUCUUUGUUGGUCAUUUUACCCUGAGGGCCGACCGACAAUGACCACCGUAGUGGAGCACCUGGAAUCCACCUACGAGGGCCUUUAACCACUCUUUUCGCUUUGCUCCGCUAUCAAUGCAACCAAACUAUCUCGCUUCACCAAAGAAGUAGGAUUACAUUCUAAUCUUAAAAUCUUAUACCUUACUCCAACAAAACUCUGACCUACUACUAUGACUUGGACAUGCCUUCAUCGCUGUGCGUCGGUAUCGUUACAUACGUUCUCCGAGAUCACCAUUUGUCGCUAAAGACGAGGUCCUGUGCCCAGGAAUCCCAACCAUUUUUGACGCAAUCUUUGACCCUCGGGCUAGAUUGUGACUCGGAGGUUAGUGCGUUGGGGGCGUUAAGAAUAAAAUUGGAGUAGAUUUAUCAUAUUUAUUUGAUAUUCAUAUACUCUU